CUUUCGGUCUAUGGAAAGAGCACCCGAUCUGGACAUUGAAGAGCUCAAGAUGACACGAGAACAGUAUAUACUGGCAACACAGCAAAACAAUCUGCCCAGAACAGAAAACACUCAGCUUUAUCCAGUAGGAAUUUAUGGUUGGCGAAAGAGGUGCCUAUACUUCUUUGUCCUCUUGCUAUUGGUUACCAUGAUUGUUAACUUAGCAAUGACGAUAUGGAUACUCAAAGUAAUGAAUUUCACAGUGGAUGGAAUGGGGAAUCUGAGAGUCACCAAAAAAGGAAUUCGACUUGAAGGUAUAUCUGAAUUUCUACUUCCAUUGUAUGUGAAAGAAAUCCAUUCUCGAAAGGAUAGCCCUCUGGUCUUACAGUCUGACAGGAAUGUAACAGUGAAUGCAAGAAACCACAUGGGACAGUUAACGGGACAGCUGACUGUAGGUGCUGAUGCUGUAGAAGCCCAGUGUAAGAGAUUUGAAGUGAGCUCCAGUGAAGAUGGAAGGGUGCUCUUCUCUGCUGAUGAAGAAGAGAUUGUCAUUGGAGCAGACAGACUGAAAGUCACAGGCACAGAAGGGGCUGUAUUUGAGCACUCUGUGGAGACUCCCCAUAUCAGAGCAGAUCCUUCCCAAGACCUCAAGCUCGAAUCGCCAACUAGAUCUUUGAUCAUGGAAGCUCCCAAGGGAAUACAAGUGAGUGCAGCUGCAGGGGACUUAAAAGCCACCUGUAGAAAAGAACUACACUUGCAGUCCACAGAAGGGGAGAUAUUUUUAAAUGCGGACUCAAUCCGACUAGGAAAUCUACCAGUGGGUACUUUUUCCUCUUCCUCCCCGCCAAGCUCAUCAGCAGCUCGACAGACUAUCUAUGAGCUCUGCGUUUGUCCCAAUGGUAAACUUUACCUUUCCCCGGCAGGAGCAGGCUCCACGUGUCAGUCCAGUAGCAACAUCUGCUUGUGGAGCUGAAAAGACUCCCGAUCCCUCCUCACACCAGAAUAGCCUUUUUGUUACUGUCCCUCUGCUUCACAGUUCUGCCCGGUUUCCUUCGUUCCGUCAUGAAGCUCCAAAACAGCCCACAGAGCAUCCUCUUCCAGUGUAAGCAGGAAUACAAUGUGGCCUUUUUGUCUGGCUCGUGGACAUAGAUGACUGGAAGAAAGAAGGGGGAACAAAAACGGUUGUCUCCAUCAGGAAACCUGGAUCUUAGUAUCACCUUUUGUCCAAAAGGGAGAAUAACACAGGUGCCUUUGCUAUAUAUGAAGUGAAGCACAUUGUUUUAGAUUUUUGCAGGAACUGUAAAUGAGAAUCUGCACAUAUAUAUAAAUAUAUAUAUAUAUAUAUAUAAUACAUAAAUAUAUAUAGAUAGAUAAUAGAUAUGCUAUACAAAUUUUCCCAGAAUCAAAAGGUGAGAUGAAUUGGUAUAAUAAAUAAUCCUACUGUCUGAAAGCACAAUUUUCAUAUGCCCAUCACUUUUGGAUGUAAAAUUUUAUCCCUGAUUUUUAAAACUUUUGGAGCAUUGUGUGAUGCUUGCUUUGCUAAACAAUUAAACUUCAAUUCACAUUUUAAGCAGCAAGAGACAGAAUCCCUCCCUGAUUGCCAAUCCAUUGUUACUGUUUAUCUCCUACAUCUGGGGGUUUUGUAGGAAAAAUUCUUUGGACACACUUAGCAAUAUAACCUAUUCAUGUUGAAAACAAGACCCAGUUUUAGUUUUGUUCAGCACUUCAGUGAUUACCUAGUGAUUAUA